AUGGCUCAGCCCUACGAACCCAGAGCGGUAACACCGCUACCUCGCAUACCGCUAGCCCCCAUGCCGCGGCCCCAAGUUAGCAUCGAACGCCUUCCCACACGCCGCAUGAGUAACGAACCCCGGGAAUCCAUGAAUUGCAAAUCGUGUCGGAAGCGCAAGAUUAAAUGCAACCGGCUCCGUCCCGCUUGCGAGGCAUGUCAGGUUUUCCAAUGUCCGUGUAUAUAUGAUGCCGUUCCUAAGAAAAGAGGUCCAAAAACCGACGUAUUGGAAGCUCUCCUGAAGAGGGUGGAUGGGCUGGAAGCUCGACUAAAAGACAAGAAGGCGGAUGCCGAGGCAGAAGGCUCUGAAAGUGCUGUGGUAGACGCCCCUGAAGCAUCCACCUCGACUCAAUCGGCGUCAAACGCGGCACCUGGGGCGACAACCGAUGCUGGCCAAGAAACUCAAGACACGAUCGUAUUUUCCCCAGCCCAGUCAAGAUAUGCGCCUCACCCGAGUGGCUACCAGUCCGCGGUAAAACUUAGCGAGGAGUAUGCAGCGAAGUCGAGGUUGGAGAUAGAUACGGACGACCCAUCCGUGGACGCGUUGCAGGCUCUCGUGCUUCUUGUAACGGCAUUUACAGCCUCGGGGAAGGGGAAAAAGGCGUACAUGUUGCUGACAAGCGCUGUUGGUAUGGCCAUGGCUUUGGAGCUACAUCGGGAGUUGGACAUGAACGCCCGUGUUACACCAAUCGAACGGGAAAGCCGCCGAAGGUUAUUCUGGACUUGUUACCUUCUUGAUCGUUUCAUGUCCUGUGGCUCGAAGCGCCCGUCCCUCAUCUCGGACCGGGCCAUACUUUUACGACUCCCAUGCUGGUUUCCGAGCCCGAAUUCGAUACCCAUGGAGGGUGACUUUUUUCAAAGCUACACGAACCUCCAGCAUCUACAAGGUGGGGGCAAGAAGGCCCAGGGAAGUAACGGGAUGCUUAUCGACAUCUGCCGCAUACUCGGCACGACAAACCAGUACCUGGCAGCUGGCGGGGUCAAGGGCGACUCCCAUUUUCCCUGGCACUCGCUAUCCAACCUCUCUAAGAUCCGCCAGGACUUGGAUGUGUGGGCGUCGGGAACAGAGGACGUCUUUUCCAGCGUGGAAUCGCUGUUUGGGCAGCCGGAUUCUACGGUGCUCGUGCUCAGCAAGCUGAUCUAUCAUCUUAUCCACUGUCUCAUCUACCGCCCCUUCCUGCCCAUCGACCUGGCGGAACUGGCAGGGACCGGGCAACACCAAUCUUGGCAGAUCGAGGCCACAAAUAUGUGCUUUCUCCACGCGAACGCCAUUGCGGAGCUCGUGGAACUCGGAAAACAAACAGCGUCAGUUGAGUGGCCUGCCUUCGUAGGAUACUGCAUCUGUACGGCCGGCACAGUACACAUACAUGGCACUCAUUACAGCCGGAUAGGAUCAGCCGGCGACAUGAACGUGUUCAGAUCCUCGACCGAUUUCCUAUCCAGGGAGAUGCAGCAGCUGAGCGAGCUACGAUACGCGUGGGCGAGCGUUCAACACCAGCGCGAGACGCUACAGGGGAUUUACCACGCACAUUCGGAGCUCGUCAAGAGCCUCUCCCAGAGUCCCAUGCGGUACUCGCCGGUAUUCACCCUCGAAGACUUCUUCGACAGAUAUUCCAACAUUGGGGGGCCAGGUGGGCAAAGCUUUAGCUUCGAUUCGGCGAAUCUAAGCCUCGCCGAUGUUGUGGUGGACUUCACAACCGAUACAUAUCCAGGCCACGGCCUGUACGCACCCCGGGCCAGCCCCUCGGAUCCCGGACCGUCUCGGCCAAACAAGAGGAAGAACACGGCCCCAUCAGGCCGCCCGAGGCCGGACCUCAAGAAUCUAAUGUCCCUCAACAACAUGAAGCCCCCGCCCGCACCGUCGUUAUCCACGCCGUCGUCCGCCAAUCGACCGCUCUUCUCACCGGGUUCACUACCACCCCAGCCAUCACCCGGGAUCCUACACACGCCGACCUCGGUUAAUCCGGCUCACGGGUCCCUCCAACAAAAUCGCCGGCUGAGCAUGUCGCAGAGUUCGGUGGCCGGCAACACUAACGGAGACCUCCUCCCGAGCUUCUCGCUCGGUAACGGCGCGGGCAGCCAGUCGGCCGAUCUACCCCAUGGAUUCCCCAGCAUGGGAAACGGUGGCUUCAACCCGUCCUUUAACUUCGGCCAGCUCCCCGGAUCCACACCCGGUCCCAGCGGCGCGCCGCAGAACUUCGACCCCAUGUUUGGCGGGAUACCCACCAAUGCCUUUGGCACGCCUACCCCGUGGCACGGCGACGAAAAUGGGAGAGCUGCGGGUGUAGGGACUACGCCUAAGGAUACGAGCCCGAAUGAAAGCGCAGCCACGACGGGGCCGGGGGAAGAGAAGGAUCCGUUCCUGAGCUUGCUGGAGCAGCUGGCCGAGAGCGAGUCGUUUAUGGGCGGCGGGGGAAAUGAGUUGGAGUUCUUUUUGAAUGGGGCGCCUAAUUCGGGGUGA